AUGGAGGAUGUUUACUGCAGAUUUGACUCGUAUGAUUUUGAGUCUGAUGCGCAGUUUGCAGAGGGAGUGCGCUCUCUCCAGAACAGCAGCAGGUCAGAGGAGACACUGCUGGAUCUGAAACUAUUCUACUACAACAGGUUUGUGGAGCCCAUAGACCGGAGCGCGUACAAACACCGCGGCUCCUCCAAUGGGACGUCCGCCUGCAGUGGUGACUCUCAGUCCGUGGAAACAGAGGCGGCGGUUUUGUCGUUUGCUGAAGUCAUGAAGCUGGUGCAGGAGGGGAAGGAGGUGCCUGGGGUGAAGAAGGUGGACAUUCAGCCGUCCAAUCAGAGCCCAGCCCCGUCGCAAAUGCAGAGGAUACUCAAGCCGUGGGAGAGGUCGCCACAGGCCACUUGA